AUGUCUACGGAAACAGUAACGGCAACAGAAAUAGAGGCUGAACACAGCUUCAAGGAGAAUCUUCAUGUGUUUAACUUUUAUCGAGCCUUGAAAAGGGCUCAAGAGAACCCUCGUGGGUUAAUUCAUUAUUACCAAUUACCGCUAGGCUGGAGAGAAAACAAGUAUAUUAUUGAAGGUUAUAGGUUCAGUGCGAAACAUUCUAAAAUGUGGAAAAGUGUGUUUGCAUGGCACAACGAGUCCAUCAAUAUAUGGUCUCAUUUGAUUGGCUUGGCUAUUAUGAUCUAUAUAGCAUUUGUGCACUAUCCCAAUAGUGUAGUCUAUCAAAAUGGUGGGAAAUGGGAUGUGCUUGUCAUUUAUGCCUUUUUGGUCGCAUCUAUGACUUGUUUGGCUAGCAGCUCUAUCUGGCAUACAUACUCAUCUUUUGCACAUUACCCAAGCAGAUGCAAUUUCGCAUGCAUCGAUUACACAGGAAUAACCAUACUUAUUACAUGUUCCAUUAUUGCAGUCGAGUACGUGGCCUUGUACCACCAUGCAAACCUUGUCCAUAUUUACAUUCCCUUUUCCACACUACUUGGUAUUGCUGGGUUCUUUUUUAACUGGAGUAGCCAUUUUGACAAACCCGAAUGCCGCUCAUUAAGAAUUUGGUUCUUUGUUGGAUUAAGCUUUCUGGGUGUCACUGCAAUGUUAUGCAAAGCAUACUAUGAAGGUUUCUUAAAUGCUUUGAAGUUUUUCAUGCCUUUAUCAUACAAGAGUUUUAUCUGGUAUGGUUUAGGUGUUGUUUUUUAUGGUGGAUUAAUACCAGAACGCUGGAGAUACGAUAUAAUUAUAGAGAACAAUGCAAACUUUCAGGGUUCGCAACACCACUACUCGAUUGUGGAUGUAAUAGAUGACAAUGUUGCACGAGCAGGUGAUGAAGAAAUUGAAGUCUUGAUUGAGGAGUACGCCGAGAAGGAGGACCAUGGUCAUAAUGACUGUGCUUCUGAAGUGAGAAAAAGGGCUGAAAAAGCAGAAAUGAGAAAUUUAAACAAUGUGAGCACCAGCAGUGACAACAACAACAAUGGUGAAGAUGACGACGACAAGUUUAAAAAUUUGAUAAGUAAACACUUUAAAGAGGAACCUAUAAGAACACCUUAUGCCAAUAACUUUAUGUCAUUAUGGUGGGUCGAUUACUUCUUAGCCAGUCAUAAUAUUUGGCAUAUAUGCGUUCUUUUGGGAAUAUUAGGUCACUAUGUUGUCAUCUUGGAUAUGUUUAGUGAGGUUUUGUUGUAA